AUUUUUUUUUUCCUUUCAGUUUGUAAUUGUUGGAUUUUUUUAGUACAAGAAAAAACUUUGAACCCCGGUAUAUAGCUACGGUUUAUUUUUCUUCUCGCAUUUUAAUUGAAAAAGCAUGGAUCGCCGGAAAAAAGUGAGCAAGGAAACAACGCCGGCUGCGUCGAAACCCUCAGUGGUGGAAGCCUCGCCGUCAAUCUCAUUUUCAGAGGCCUUUACAGUAAACUUGCUAUGCGGACUUGGUUUGGCUUUAGCUUUCUUUGUAUCUAACAACAUCUACUCCAUCGAUCUCGUUACCGAUCCAUCUCUCACUCUCUUCCUCAUUUCGAUUAUACAGCUUCCGAUCGUGAUCCUUCUCUACAGUCGCUAUCGACUAAAUCGCAAAAAAUGUUCGUAUCUACGAGCUGUUGGAAGAGGCAUUAUAGGAGUGCCAGUAGGGGCACUACUAAAUUCUUUAGGAGCUAUUGCUUUGGGGGCACCUGUUACCUUUCAGUACCUGCCCAAGACACUAUAUUGGUCUCUUAUGAUGUCAUUAUUCACAACAGUUCCAGCAUCAUGUGUUCUUGGUUCAUCAUGGGCUGACUGGAAACGUAUAUUUGCACACACAAAGCCGAAUGGAUCUGUUGAGUACCUGAUUUGUUUACAAGCACAUGGAGCAGUUAUUGGGGGAUGGUUUGGGGCUUGGCCAAUGCCACUUGACUGGGAGAGGCCCUGGCAGGAAUGGCCUAUUUCUGUAAGCUAUGGAACAUUAGCUGGUUACCUGGUGGCAUUGGUUGCAUCAUUAGGCUUUGUUCUUGCUCAUCCUAGGUUGCAACAUGUCAAAAAUGAAUGAAGCCCAAAUGUCUGAUUCUGGUGAUUGGGUCAAAUACGGGGAGUGUAACUAUUACAAGUGAGUAAAAAGAAGACUAACAUCAUCGGGCACAUAAUUUACAAGGAAAAAGAAUCAUCGAUCUGUCAUGAGUUUAAGCGCAACUGCAACCUACAAGAGAAGAAUAAGAUACUUCGUCCGACUUGAAGACCACUUUAGGGAAAUCAUUUAGUUAGGGGAAGGUACUAAACCAUUUUAGCAAAAAAUUUAACUUGUUUAUCUUGGAUAUAUCAUGUAAAGACGAUAAUAGCAGCUCUUGUGAUAUGAAUUUAGUUUUUUUUAUUUAGAUAAUGUAAUGGAGAUAAUAACAGCUCUUGUAGUAUGAAGUUUGUUUUGUUUGAUUUCAACAUUUAAUGCU